AUUUGGUUUGCUUUGCGGACGUGCCUGUGUUCACCACAUUGGCGCAUCUAUUACACACAGCGCUUUCGGUGCGCUGCGUUAUUAUCGCGCUUGCAUUCUUGCGCCACAAGACGCGCUGUGAAACCCCAAAACUCCCGCGCUCUCACAGAUGUUUGAAAAUUAUGGAGGUCGUAGCGCCGCCCACGGCGCCGCCAGCAGCCACUGACAUGAAGAUCACCUCACCGGCGCCGCCCGCGCCGCCCAAGAGCGUCUCGCCCGAGAAGCCCAUCAACGGCCCGCUCGCGGCGCUCAAGCAACUCGUCGCGACGGCCGACGCUGAUCAAGCCCAAACGCUCUCCACGGAGCUCAAGGCCUUGGUGAAGCAGUGCGAGCAACGAAUCGUAGACGCGCGCAAGGCCGCCUCGGAAACGAAUUUGGGCGAGGUGCGCUGGACGUGCGACGCGACGUGUUUGCAACCGAGGGGCAAGGCAACUCUCAGAGUAGGAGACCACGCUAUCGUGGUGGUCAACCCGAAGGACGGCGCGGUCAAGGGCGAGUUCCCCUUCAUGUCGAUGAAGGCUGCUUUUACAUUACCGCCGACCGAGAAGUCGCAGCCGUCCGAAGCGGCCACGCUACUCCUAGCCGCCUCCGUCACCACUCCAAAGCCUGCUACCAAAAUCACGUCGAAACUCAUGCAGGACGCCUUCAAGAAGGCGUCGCUCGCAUUGACGGUGAACGACAAGUACUCGAAGGCUACGCCGUGCCCCGGCACCACCACGACACUAGCAAACGUUGCACCACAUCUCGCCUCCUUAACAAAGGUCGCCAAUAGAUCCUUACUGAAGGGCGGCAAGGAUCCCAUGAGCUUCAAGAGCGCGAUAUCGUCAUUACCGUAUGUGAAAGCGACACUAGGCGCGGCGCAGGGCAACCUCCAUUUAGUUGACCUUGGUAUUCUCUUCUUGAAACCGUUAGUAUUUCUACCCUGCGAAGCUAUCGCGUCCAUCGAUUGUGGGAGAGCAGGAGCCGGGAACUGCUCGUCCUUCGAUCUCAUGGUCGAGAUGGAACGCCCUUGGGACACUUCUGAUGACGACAAGCCGGCGAAACCGCCGGCCUUCGAGUUCUCGAACAUCCGGAAGGACGAGUUGGAAGGAGUGCAGAAAUUCAUCAGAGAUGUGCUGCUGCCGUGCCGGGCCAAAUUACGAAGGGAAUUGGCGGAGAAGAAGGGCGAGCCCCAGGCGAUCGAGGAGGACUCGGAUGAUGAGGAUGACGACUACGAGGCGCAGUCCUCGAGCGACGAGGACUCGGACGACUCGUCGCUCGAGGACUCGGAGGCGGGCGACGACCGCGGCGACGAGACCGAAUCAAACGACGAGCGCGAGGGCUCGGCCGAGGAGCCCAUCACCUUCGAGAGCGACGACGAGGCGGCGGCAGCGCGCGACGAGCCCGCGUCGCCCUCGUCGGAGCCCGCCGCCAAGAAGCUCCGCGCGGGCUCGCAGUAGUAGUCGGGUAAUGUGUACCGUACAGCA